GGCCGUCAGAAGGAAGUCUUCCUCCUUCAGCUGAGGGAACAUGGCAACGAAUAGAGGAGCGACCCUCUUUGUCCUGCUGCUGUGCUGCUGGCAAGAAGCUGAGGUCCAGCCGAUGAACAUAUUUUCAGGUCCAGCUUCUGAAAAGUUAUGGAAAUCAAAACCUCAGGAUGAUAUACAUGGAAUAUUUGAUGAAAUUGUAGUCCAAGAGUUUCUGGAUCCAGAUAAAUCAAUAUUGUUUGAAACACAAAGACCACAAAAAAAGCCAAUGAAGAGUACAAAGAAAAAAGCAACCCAUAUUAAAACCAAUGAUCAGACUGAUACUGAUAAGCAUCAUGAAAAGACAUUCUCUUCUGGGGAUGAAGACAGACUUUUCCUUAAUGAAGAGGAGAAAGAAAUAUUUUAUCAGAUUAAAAGCCUAAGAAGCCUGGGAAAUAUUAUUGACAGUCUUCAAAGAGCUUUAGUAAAUACUCUCAAGCAAAGAAGAAAGAACCAUAAAAGUUUGUUCAAGGGAUCCAAGCACCACAGGGUGAAAGAAAGCCUAAACUGAGAAACCAAGACUGCCUGAGGGACUGACCAUUCACUCCCACCCUGUGGAAUAAAAAUAAAAUAGAAUUAUUAAUUAUACAGAAUAAAGAAGAAUCAUUUUAUUCAAGGAGUGCCAAAUAAAAUGAACAUAUUGAAAUAUUAAGUUAAAGGGCCCUGGCUGACGUGGCUCAGUUGGUUGCUGGUUCGAUUCCCAGUAUGGACACAUGCCCGUGUUUCGGACUCAAUCUCCAGUGGGGGAUGUGCAGGAGGUAGCCGAUCAAUGUUGUGCUCUCACAUCAAUGCCUCUCUC